AUGGUGAUACUAAGCCACGAGUGCAAUGCCAUCAUUCAAAGGGAGGAUUUAACCCGCAAAAAUGACUCUGUCCAAGAAAGCAAACAACUUGAUGUGUCACCAGGUGAGACACACAAUCACGUGGAUCAAGUAACUAUUAGUGUAGACACUCGUAUAGCAUCUGGACAUGCUGAAGAACGAGUUGUAACCGGGAGAAAAACAACUCUAUCCAGUGCACCACCCUUUUUAUCCUCUUUGCCAAUCCCUGGAACAUACAAAAGGGAGUUAGUAGAGAAGUACAAAGCUGAGUUUGAUCAACAAUUGGAAGAACUUGAACUCCAUAUGCCACUACCUAAAGUCUCAGGUCAUAUACCUUCAUCCCCUAAGUCCUUUAGGGAACCCAUUAUCCAAAGAAUCAAGGAAAAGGAGGAAGCAGCUAAGACAACUCAUGAAAAGGUUAGAUACGAUGAGGAGACAAUCAUGUUGAGUAACCAACGUAAUGAAGUGGAGAUGAUUGUCCCUAAAAAGCUUGAAGAUCCUGGGUCUUUUACUCUACCUUGUACUAUAGGUCCAUUGGAUUUUAGUAACAGCCUAUGUGACCUUGGUGCUUCGGUCAACCUCAUGCCACUCUCUCUAGCUCAGAGGUUAGGAUUCAACAAAUACAAGUCAAGCAACCUCUGCUUGAUAUUAGCUGAUAGGACUACUAGACUGCCUCAUGGUCUAUUAGAGAACCUUCCCAUCAAAAUUGGACAAGCUGAGAUUCCUACUGACUUUGUGACACAUAAAUUUGGGUAA